AGCUGGAAUUUUCCUAAAAAAAAAAAGAAAAAAGAGCUGGAAAAAAUAAAAUCCCCCCUUUCCUUCAUCACAAUACUCCAAAAUUUCAGUUCUGAACCCAUUUCGAUUUGGCUCCCUCUCUCUCUCCAAGCUUCCGUCGGCGGCGCCACAUCCCUCCGACUCCGACCACCCCUCGUCGUCUUUUAUCCCCCAUCCCUCUGACCAACCCUAUCUCGCUCCUCCGUUCGUCUCUCUCUCGGACGGCCAUUGGCGACCUCGUCUCUCUCUGUUUCCUCUAUAAUUAAUUAAUUACAGAGUGAAAUUCGAGAUCCGCUAAGCUCCUAUUUGAAAGUAAUCGGGUCGAAAUAGUAUCACCACAUCGGUAAUCGGCACCACCACCCAACUCCGGCGUCUUCCAGGUUUUUGUUCUUUGUUUCUGUGUAUUUUUGUCUUUAGUGAGUGCGCUUCUCUCUUGUGCUCAACUUGGUUUUUUGAAAUUGGGUAAAUCUAUACAUGGGUAUAUUGUCAAAAGGCUUGGAUUUGAUCAAGUUUCAGGCACUGCUGUAAUUGACAUGUACUCAAAGUGUGGAUCUGUUUCAUAUGCUCGUUAUUUAUUUGAUAAGACAAAGACUAAUGACUUGAUAUUUUGGAAUGCAAUGAUUACAAGCUAUGGAAUUCAUGGACAGGGAAGAGAAGCUUUACUGCUCUUCCUCGAGAUGACAGAAAACUCAACCACCCUAUAUCACCUUUUUCAAUUGAGCUUCCAAUAAUUUUAAACAUUUUAUUAAUAUAUUAUACUGUAUUUUGUCUAAUAAUACUAAGAACAACCAAUUCUUUGUUUAUAGAUUUCACCAUAGUUGUUAAUGUGUGUGUUUAAUUAUUUGUGCGAUUGUUUUCACCAUACUAUGAAGGACCUUCUUCGUCUCAGCGGCGUGAGCCCGCAAACGAGGACUGGCCUGGGCAUUUCGUUGAAGCUCUCGUCACCCAAGUUGCCAUUGAGGCUUCUCAUUCCACUGGUUGCCGUGCUGCUGCUCUUGCUCUCGCCACUCUCUUCCAGCUACAAGAUCAAAAACGUGCAGUCAGGGCCUCUAGUGGGUAAACAAGUUCUCUUCGAUUAUUGUGAGUAUUUUCAUUGAUUUGUGUCUUUUGCUGCAACAACAAAUUUUCUUUUGGUGUGUGUUUUGAGUGAAAUGUUGUAAUAUAUACAGUGUAUUGUGUACACUCAAUGACAAGAUCUUAUAAUUAAACAACGUAAAUAUGUUUCCCUGUUUAUUGGUCUUGUGAUAAUAUUGAUUUUUCUGUAUUUUCUUAUGUUUCCAGUUAUUCUUUUAUCUAUGCGGGUUUGGUAUCUUAUUGUGUAUUACUUUUGAGUAGAAUGUUGUUAAUGCAAGUGAUGAUUUAUCAGGGCUCUAUUGUUAGUAGGUUCUAACACCACUACAAAAAUAGAUUCCACUACCGACAACACUUCUACCUAGGACCCUUUUGUGCUUUUUCCAAUGACAAUAUAUCUUCUCUCUCUCUCUCUCUCUCUCUCUCUCUCUCUCUCUCUCUCUCUCUCUCUCUUAUUAUCAAAAAACAUAUCUUAUCUCUCUCUCUCUUAACAAAUCAUUUAAUCAACAUUUUAUAGAGUGAAAAGUUUCGGCCUUAUCCUUAAAUUAAUACAUUCUUGUUUAGUCACUCAGGGGGCCGUUUUUCUUAUUAAGUCUAAUUUUGACUUUGUCUACAUAUCUUCCCAAACAAAAAUCAUGUUUGCCUUGUCUGACUAGUGAGAAAGAAGUUAGUAUCUGUAUCAAUCUCACCUACCCCUACUCUCAUUUUCUUUUUUUAUACAGAAUCCAAAGUGCCAAACUAUGCCUUUUUCUCUCUUUUUUUACUAUGUGUGUCAGAGAACUGCUUCUUCUACCCUACCUUACCCGCCAAUUCAUUUGUCACCAAUAAUCCACCAACUUUUUUACCACUUUUGUUGCAUUUUUUGCCAUUCAAGCAAAUCCUAUAAAUAUUAACCUUGACUCCCCAUCCUCCUACAUUGAUUUGUGGCUUAAAUACUGUCUUUGGUCAGGUUUUUUAGUAUUGUACUAUUGGGUUAGCCCUGCAGGUGCAGGCGGGUAAAAGAGUUGAACUCUUUUCCUCUUUGGGUUGGAUUUAGUUAUUUAUUUAUUUUUAUCAUGGGAAGUGUUGGAAUGAAGAAAACCGCAACCUUGUUAUGUGUUCCGUUAAUGGCUAAAUCUGCCGAGGGAAUGGUGAGUGGCAUGAACCAGGCCAAGGCACAAGGAGCUGAUGUUGUUGAGAUCAGGUUGGACUGCAUUGACAAUUUUCAUCCUCAAAAAGACCUUGAAAUCAUCUUGAAAGAUAAACUGUUGACAACCCUCAUCGUUUUUCGGCCAAAGUGGAAUGGUGGUUUCUAUGAAGGUGAUGAACAUGGUAGAAUUGAGGCACUUCAUCUGGCAAAAGAUUUAGGAGCUGAUUAUGUAGAAUUUGAGCUCAAGGUACCACUGAUUGCAUACUCUUCUGGGGAAAGAGGUCUUAUAAGCCAAAUAUUGUCCCCAAAAUAUGGUGGGUUCUUGGUGUAUGGCUCUAUAGAUGGAGAUUCCAUACCAGGUUUGCCUACCUUAGCAAGCCUUAUAGAAGUCUAUAAAGUUGACUGCAUAAACAAGGAUACUAAAGUUUUUGGACUUAUCUCAAAACCUGUUGGACAUAGCAAAGGUCCUAUAUUGCACAAUCCUGUCAUCAGGCAUGUUAAUUUUAAUGGAGUUUAUGUUCCAAUGUUCGUUGAUGAUCUUCAGAAAUUCUUCAGUGUCUAUCCCAGCCCGGACUUUCCUGGAUUUAGUGUUGGAAUUCCAUACAAGGAGGCAGUAAUUGAAUUUUGUGGUGAAGUUAAUCAACUUGCUCAGUCUAUAGAUGCUGCUAAUACAAUUAUAAGAAGGCCUAGUGAUGGAAAGCUGAUAGGUUAUAACACAGAUUGUGAGGCUGCAAUAACUGCAAUAGAGGAUGCACUAGUCAGAGCCCACAGAUGUACUAAUGGAAAAACAUCUUUGAAUUCUCCACUUAAAGACAAGUUGUUUGUGCUGGUUGGAGCUGGUGGAGCAGGAAGAGCCUUAGCCUUUGGUGCCAAAAGUAGAGGAGCUCAUGUAGUAGUUUUCGACAUUGAUUUUGACAGAGCAAAGUCUCUUGCUUGUGCUGUAAGUGGUGAAGUAAGGAAUUUCGAAGAAUUAGCCAAGUUUCAGCCAGAGAAAGGAGCAAUUCUUGCCAAUGCAACACCUCUAGGAAUGCACCCAAGUACAACUCGAAUUCCUGUUUCUGAGGCAAGCUUGGCAGAUUAUGAGCUUGUAUUUGACUCGGUUUACACACCUAAGAAAACCAUAUUACUAAAAGAAGCUGAAACAGCCGGUGCUAUCAUCGUCAGUGGAGUCGAAAUGUUUCUUAGACAGGCCAUUGGACAAUUCAAUCUCUUCACAGAAAGACAAGCUCCUGAAGAGUUGAUGCGUGAGAUUAUUUGGGACAAGUUUUAAUGUACUUUAUCAAUGGAAAUACACAAGUUUUAAUCUGAUCAUGCAUAUGCUGAUAAAUAAUGGAAAUUCAAGGCAAAAAUAUACAAGUUUCCAUGAAGUUUAUUAUAUUUAUACAUUAACAAAUAGAAUUUAUACAUUAAAUAAUCAUGAAAUAAAUCAUGUGAACCAUGUAACAUAAAAUAUUAUUUUUUAUCUUUAUUAAUUAGUAAAUCUGAUUAUAUUGAAA